UAAGCCCGCCCCUACGCCAGCGUGCCCCAGGCCGCCGCCGCCGCCGCCGCCGUCGCAGAAAUCGCAUCAUCUCUACCCACGCGCCAGCCGUGCCGACGAGUGUCCUUAAAGCAGAGAUGAAUAAUGCUGCAGCCAGCCCAAUGUCUACUGCUGCUUCAAGCAGUGGACGAAACGCAGGGAAGUCUAUAAGUUUUGCAGCAGAAUUACAGAGUAUGAUGUUUUCUUUAGGAGAUGCUAGGAGGCCUCUUCAUGAAACAGCAGUUUUGGUAGAAGAUGUGGUACAUACUCAGCUAAUUAAUUUGUUACAGCAAGCUGCUGAAGUUUCUCAGCUUCGGGGAGCAAGAAUGAUCUCUGCUGAAGAUCUUCUGUUUUUGAUGCGUAAAGAUAAGAAAAAACUUAGAAGACUGCUAAAGUACAUGUUUUUCCGAGACUACAAGUCAAAGAUUGUCAAAGGCAUAGAUGAGGAUGAUCUUCUGGAAGACAAAACAAGUGGCAGCAAUACCACAAACAAAAGACAAAAAAUCGCUCAAGAAUUUCUAAACUCUAUAGACCAAACUGGAGAACUCUUGGCAAUGUUUGAAGAUGAUGAAAUUGAUGAAGUUAAACAGGAAAGAAUGGAGAGAGCAGAAAGGCAAAGUCGAAUUAUGGAUUCAGCUCAAUAUGCAGAAUUCUGUGAAAGUCGACAAUUAAGUUUCUCCAAGAAAGCCUCCAAGUUUAGGGACUGGUUGGACUGCAACAGUAUGGAGAUAAAACCCAAUGCUGUCGCUAUGGAAAUUUUAGCCUACUUAGCAUAUGAAACUGUGGCACAGUUAGUGGAUCUGGCUCUUCUUGUGAGGCAGGACAUGGUGACUGAAGGGGACCCCUUCAGUCAUGCUAUUUCUGCGACCUUUAUUCAGUAUCACCACUCUGCUGAGGGGUCUUGCAUGAAGCCCUACCCUGACUCCCCGGAGAAUACACCUCCUGCCACGCCCACGGCCCCGUCUUCUGCAUCACAGCAUUCAGGUAAAGGCACGGCUGCGUCUUCCCUCGGGAACGGGAGUGCUGGGCAAGAUUCAGCUAAAGCCAAGCAGAGAAAGCGAAAAAAGAGCAGUGCAGCCUGUGGUGUCGAGACUCACAGCGAUGCCAUCCAGCCCUGCCACAUCAGAGAGGCGAUUCGACGCUACGGCCACAAGAUUGGCCCCCUCUCCCCAUUCACAAGUGCCUACCGCAGAAAUGGGAUGGCGUUUCUGGCCUGCUGAUGUCACUGGGACUACAACAGAAAAGGCAGUGUUCCAGGAAGGUGACUUCUUCCCCCCCUUUCCCCUCA